UUCCUCCGAGGUCAAGAUGUAGGGAAGGGGAUUAAUGGCCCUUUAAGAGGCGGUAGCUAGCUUCCGGUUGCCAUGGAGACAACUGGAUACAGACCGGCUGGCAGCAGACAGCAUGUCUUCCAAAGUUCACUCCGCAGGCAAGGACUACCAGCCCUCCGGCCAGGAGCGUGUGCCACUCCCAGAGGCCAACGCGGAAGCCAUCGACUUCCUUAACUCCCUCCAGCCUGAGGAGCUGCAAACGCUGUUCUUCUCUGAGACUCUGGCCAUGGUCUCCGACACCGGGGAGCCUCGGGGAGAACUGACCAUCGAGGUGCAGAGAGGGAAGUACAGGGACGAACUGAGCAUCAUGACCCAAUGCAUCCUCGUGCACGCCUUUAGCCACGGCCUCCUGGAUAAAACCAUCUGUGGAAACUCGCUCCUGGGCUAUCUCUCCGGGAAUUUGGAGACCAUGGAACAACAAAGUCGUGAGUUCAUCAAGUUCCUUAUCCUCCCCAUGGAACACAAGAUGAGUUUACUGAAGCAGAGUGACCAGCUGGUCAUGAACAGAAGCAUCAAGGAGGGUGAGGAAGUGAAGACUGGUGUGUCUUUCUUCCCCUGGCACUCGAUUACUGGCUUCAUCUCCGAGGCUGCCAACCUGGUGCUGUUGAGGGUGAUGGCCCUGCGGCGGAUGGUGCCCCAAAAUGCCCGCUUCCUGGCCUUGGACACUGAGGGCAAACUCUGCUAUUCCACCUAUCAAGCCCUGGGCUUCCAGACGAUCCAGGUGGGCCCCCAGCAGUCCGAAGUGUUCAUCCUGGAGCACACGGUGCACGCCAGCGAGGGCAUCCCGAUGUCCUGGCAGUUCUACAUGCUCUCUGAUGGGCACCUGGCUAAAAGAAUCCAGGUGGGCUCCCCUGGGUGCUGCAUCAUCACCAAGAUGCCCAUCUUGAGGAAGGAGGAUGAGGCUGAGCCUCGGCCAGUGUUUGAGAAGAAACCCCUGGUGUGGGAGGAGGACGUGGAGCUCUACUCUAAGUUCCUGGAGCGGAAGGAGGAGCUGCGACUCAGCCACACCAGCUAUCUGCGGCAGCACCCCGAGGCCCAGGCGCUCGUCUCUGACUUCCUGCUCUUUCUGCUGCUGCGCCAGCCCCAGGACGUGGUCACCUUCGCCGCCGAGUACUUCGGCCCUUUCGGGGCCAACACGUCGCCGUCACCCCCCUUGCGCUCCUCCCACCGACCCAGCCCUUUCCGCUCGCUGGACCCGGGGGACAGCGCUGACUCGGUGGCGGGCGGGGCGGACUAGGCUGGCUGGGGCCCAGGAGGAAGCGGGGGCGUCGGGGCUGAGCCCCGCGGGGGCGCCGGCGGGUCACGCCACUGGCGCUGGCGAGCGCGCUGGCCGGGCUGCGGCUUUUGUGGGAAUAAACGGGGCGCUCCCUCGGCUCUGUUGUGCCAGCGGGAAUUCUCCUUGGCCAGCGCCUGGUACCUUUGACUUCGUGUGUGGAGCGAGUUUGUCUUUCUUCCCAGAUGCUAUUUUCAUUAUUAUCCCCAUUUCGCAGAUAAGAAAAUUGAGGCCUAGUAGCUCUUAGAGUUGGCGCGUGACGCA